AUGAGCUGCGGACCGCGGAGCUUCAUGCAGGAUGCUCGCCGAUUGACUAGCCCAGGCGGUGGCACACCGCCGUUUCGACUGGCUUCUUUGCGAUGUUACGAUUUGUUUCCCUUCACGGACCACAUUGAAACUCUGGGCGUCUUCGUCCGGGAAGAAGCUGCCCUCGCGCCACUUCAAAGCCAAGUGGAAAGCAGGGAGAGCUUGAAAUGGCUGCCUUGGGACGAGACCAGCUUUGCACGUGACGGCACACCGGCACGGCGAGAGCGCGGUCGUUGGCAGUGUCAGUUUCUGGUUGGCAUCGAGGCUUCGCACCACUUCGGCGUGGUUGGCCGCGUGAUCGGCUACCGCGGGAGUAACAUGAAACGUAUCGCAGGUGCUAGCGGUGCGAAGAUGAGGUUGCGAGGCCGCGGAUCUGGCUUCGUUGAGGCUGAACUGGGAGCCGAGUCUGAGGAUCCACUGAUGCUAUGUGUCAGUGCUCCGGACGUCAAGUCUUACCGAGCCGCCGGAUCGAUGAUCCAUGAUUUGUUCACGGAGGUUUACACCCAGUUUGUUGACUUUGUCGAGUUUUCGGGUGAAGCUGUCACCGCUCCUCCCAAA